CACACACACACACACGCGUCCGGUCAGUGAGUGAGUUUGUUCAUCAGCGCGCGCGCAGCGAAUCAAACACAGUUUCGGAAACGCGCGCGACACACUGGAUUUAUAAGCGACUAUUCCUGGAUUCUUCCGUGAAGUUCAUCGUGUGUGUGGAUAUAAAGUUCAUCGUGUGUGUGGAUAAAAUGUUUGCGUCCGUGGCUUUGCUGAUAUUAAUUCAGAGCGUCCCUGUCGUCCCGGUCACCGUCACCAGCCUCAGUCCCAACGUGGAAGUGCACGAGUCCUCGGACGCCGUGCUCUCCUGUGAGUUCAAGACCGAGAAAGAAAUGAACCCUCGCAUCGAGUGGAAGAAGAAGGACAAAGACGUGUCCUUCGUUUAUUAUGAAGGACGUUUCGUAGGGCCGUUUCAGAAGCGCGCUGAGAUAGAGGGGGCGACGGUGAAGCUGCUCAGGGUCACUCAGGAGGACGCGGGCGAGUACCGGUGCGAGGUCAGCGCUCCUGCCGACGCCGUCACGCUGGGAGAGACCAACGUCACGCUACGAGUGCUGGUGCCUCCACAAACCCCGGCCUGUGAGGUUCCCAGCUCCGCUCUGACGGGCUCCCUGGUGGAGCUGCGCUGUAGGGACCAUCACAGCAUCCCCCCCGCGGUCUACACCUGGUUUAAAGACAACCGCGCGAUACCCAUCCGCCAGCCCAACGCCAGCUACACCGUCAAUGAGUUCACCGGCGUACUGAGCUUCCAGACGGUGAGCAGGGCCGACACGGGUCAGUAUCACUGCGAGGCCAAGAACGGCGUGGGACCCGCUAAGAGCUGCCGGGGGACGCUGAUGCAGAUCGAUGAUGUGAACGUAGCGGCUGUGGUCUCCGGUGUUCUCCUGCUGUGUGUGACGCUGUUGUUAUGUGUGUUCGGUGUGUGUUACGCCCGUCGCCAUGGAUACUUCAGUCGACACAGAGGGAGGUCGUUCUGGAUCCCGCAUUGUCACGGUGCGCCGCACAUUAGCAGCCAGAACCUCAACAGAACCGAACACACUCAGACGUCAGGAUACAGUCAUCCUCCAAAAGAACCUCAGGAUUUCAAACACACUCAGUCGUUCAUGCUGUGAUGGUGUGUGUGUUGGCGGCGCUGGGAACGACACGAAGACACUCCGUCUCUCUCUCUCUCUGU